UCAACUUAUAGCGAAGGUGCUGGUUGUCAAUAAACACUCGCUUGAUUUCAUGUAAGCACUUCGCAUCUCAACACGGAGUUUUGAUAUUCUCAUUAAGGAACUGGACAACCUGGAAAACUAUGAUUUGUUAAUUCAGUACUGAAGAAUCAUUCCCACAGCCGGUGUUACUAGAAAGGCAAUCGACGACUCGAAAAAUAUCCAUCCCCACAACCGGUGCUAACAGAUAGGGAAUCGCCGUCUCGGAGAAUACCAGUAAUGGCUUCGAAUGAAAUUCCAAUUGUACCAAUACAAAAAACACCGGCAGACAAUCCAAAUGAAGUUCCGCCUAUGAUAACACCUGAUCAAUUCCAACAAAAGGUUUUAACAAAAGAAGACGUAUCGUCAUCCCCACAAAGACCAAAUAAAAAUCCGACUGUUUCAUCAGACAGCAUACAAGUCGAUUCAAUUGAUCCAGCUAGCGAAGAGGAACUAAAUCAGACAACACCGACAGACAAUCCAAAUCAAGCCACGCCUAUGGCAAUACCAGAUCCAGCCCAACAACCGGUUUUAAAAAAAGAAGACGCGUCGCUGUCUCCACAAAGCCCAGUUACGGCUUCAAAUGAAAAUCGAACUGUUUUGUUAGACAGCAAGGUUUUAAAAUCAAAUGAGCAAUCUAUGAAGGAGGAACCAACAAAGACAAGAAAAGCAGACAAUCCAAAUGAAGCACCGCCUUUGCAAAGUCCUGAUCCCGCCCCACCAUCGGAAUUUACAGGAAGGGUAUCGCCAUCUCCGGAAAGACCAGUUAUGGCUUCGAAUGAGCAUACUACUGUUUUGUCAGACAGCAAGGAUUUUGAAUCAAUUGAGCUAUCUAGCGAAGAUGUACCAACGCAGACUAGAGAGACAGACGAUUCAAAUAAUGACUCACCCAUCAACGAUCCUGAACCAACCCCUCAACCGUUAUUAACAGAGGGAAAAUCGUCAUUUCAUGAAAGACUAAUUAAUGCUUCGGAAGAAAAUCCUUCUGUUUCGCCAGCCAGCAGGGAUUCAUUUGAUCAAUCUAGCAAGGAUGAACCAAUACAGAUAAAAAAUACAGACAAUGCGAAUCAAGUUCCACCUUUGAAAGGACCUGAUACAUCACUACAACCGAUAUCACAAGAAGAUCCAUCACUACAACCGAUAUCACAAGAACAUCCAUCACUACAACCGAUAUCACAAGAAGAACCAUCACUACAACCGAUAUCACAAGAACAUCCAUCACUACAACCGAUAUCACAAAAAGAUUCAUCACUACAACCAGAAUCACAAGAAGAUUUUAUAGGUCGUAUAGUGUAUCUGUCAACGCGCGAUUCAAGCGUCUUCAAGAAACCUCAAUGUCUGAUCAGCGCGAGGGGAGAAAAUGUUCUUGAAGUCUGCGAGGAUGUCCUUGACGAGAUUUCACGUAUAGACAAACCCUGUGUUGUCGUGGCAAUUGCGGGGUUAUAUAGAACAGGAAAAUCGUAUUUGAUGAAUCGUCUUGCUAACGAACAAACAGGUUUUGUACUCGGUAACACAAUAGAGUCAACGACGAAGGGGAUAUGGGUUUGGUGCAAAGACCAUCCUGAACAGAAGGACACUGUUCUAAUGCUUCUUGACACGGAAGGAUUGGGAGAUGUUGAAAAGGGGGACCCAAAUCACGACAAUCGCAUUUUCACCCUUGCUACUCUGCUAUGCAGCACCCUCGUAUACAACAUGAUGGGAGCGUUUGACCAGGAUGCUGUGAACAAACUCACAUUUGUUUCUGAAAUGGCGAAAAACGUUAAAUUUGGCGGCAAAUGUGAUGAAAACAACAGUCUUUUGCAAUGCGUACUGCCUGGGUUUGUGCUCGCUUUGAGAGAUUUUUCGCUGAAAUUGAUCAAGGAUGGUAGGAAAAUAACAGAAGACGAAUACCUUGAAAUAUGUCUGGAGAGUAAAAAGGGAAAAACAGCUUUAUUCAAUAAACCCCGUGAAUGCAUCCGAAAAUUCUUUCAGAAAGGCAAACGGAGAUGUUUUGCGUUUCCUCGCCCUGGCGAUGAGGACGUUUUGGAAAACAUAGAAAGCCUUACUUUUCAAGAUCUUUCACCAAACUUUCAGAAAGCUACCACAAAUUUCUUGUCAUUUAUCUACAGCCAGGAAUCAAAGCAACUUGAAGUAAGCAAACCUGUCAACGGAUCAAUGUUUGCCACACUAACCAGAAAUUAUGUUGAUGCCCUUGCAAAGGGAGCUGUGCCUGAUGUUGACGAUGCAUUUGCAACGGUUGCUAAAAUCGAAAAUCAAAGAGUUAAAGAAGAAUGCAUGAACAUGUUUCGAUCCAAAAUGAAGGAGUUACAGUUGCCACAGCCAUCAAAAUUGCUUGAUAUACAUUUCACAGAAACCCGGUGGACUGCGCUUGAAUACAUGCGUACAAAAGCUAUCAAGGAUGUUGCAAAUGUUGUUGAAAGAAAUGCUCAGAUGGAAAUGGACUUGUUCUGGCAACAGUUUCAAAGACAAAAUGAAGAGGAAUUAGAAAAACAUUGUGAAAACAUACUUGUAGGCUUGGAAUCCAUAAAAAACUUAUUUGCGACGUUGAAGACCGAAGGUUAUUAUAUCCUAGGAGGCCAUAAAAAAUUCAAACGAGAUGUCGAAACAGCCAGGCAGCAAUACGAGAAAGCUCUUUUUCAUUAUGAACCAAGAGAGGUCGGUUUAUGUUGGAGCAGUUUUGCGAACCAGCUUGGCCAGGAGGAAAAUAAGAUCCUUGAAAAAGAUGAUGCUCUUUCUGUGGAAGAAAAAAAGAAAGAGAAAGAAGAAAAUGCAGACUCAUUAAAACGAAUAAAGAUCGAAAUGGCAGAAGACAAUCAGAAGGCUUUAGAUAAACAAAAAAAGGAGAUGGAUGAGCAACAAAUGAAACUAAAUGCAGAACGCGAACGGCGAGACAAAGAACAUGAAGACAAGGUAGAAGAUCUACAGAAAAAGAUUGCGUCUCUUGAAACAAGUAAGGAAGACCAAAAUAAAUUACUUAAUCAAAUUGCAGCAUUGCAAGAGGAAAGCAGACGACAAAAGGAAGAGGCAAAUAAUAAACUUGAAGAAAUGCAAAGACAUGAAUAUCAAAAACGUAAAUAUCUUGAGGAAAAGCUUUCAAUCGAAAAGGGACAAUGGGAAAAAGAAAAAAGAAAGUUUGAAGAGAAGCAUAGACGUGAAAAGGAAAAACGGGAAGAAGCCAAUAGAAAACACGAAGAAAAUCGUUUAAGCGAAACAAUAAAAUGGGAAGAAGAGAAUAGAAAGCACGAAGAGAGGCAUAGACGUGAAGAGGAAAAACUGGAAGAAACAAAAAGAAAAUACGAAGAAAAACUAACAAACGAAAAGGAAACAUUUGAUGAAGAGAAGAGAAAACACGAAGAGAAGCUUAGAAGCGAAAAGGAAAAACGGAAAGAAGAAAAAAGAAAACAAGAAGAGAAGCUUACAAGCGAAAAGGAAGCAUGGGAAGAAAAGAAUAAAAAGCACGAAGAGAUGCUUAGAAGUUUACAGAAAACGUGGGAAGAAAAGAAAAGAAAACACAAAGAUAUGCUUAGUAGCGAAAGGGAAAAACUUGAAGAAACAAAUAGAAAUCACGAAGAGAAGCGUAGAACGGAAACAGAAUCAUGGGAAGAACAAGUCAGAAAACACGAAUUAAAUCUUAUUAGAGAAAAGGAAAUUUUUGAAGAAAAGAUUAAAAAGCAAAGCGAGAAGCUUAGAACCGAAAAGGAAAAACGGAAAGACCAGAAGAGACAACACGAAGAGAAGCUUAAACUUGAAAAUAAAACAAGGGAAGAAGAGAAUAGAAAACACGAAAAAAAAUUAAAACUUACCAAAGAAAAACUGAAAGAACUGGAGAAGAAAAACCAGGAACGAAAAGAAAAUAGUAUUUUGUACAAAUUGUUUCAAAGUUUUUGGAAUAAUUAAGAUAUGAAUCUUGCUGUGGUUGAAACCACUAUAUAUAAAUUGGCUGAAAAAGUGACUUGACUCUUUUUAAAGUUAAAACUGUGGAUAGCGUAGGUCAUGAAAUACUUUAAACAUUUUGUUUUACAUUUGAAAACUUAGUUUAAAACCAAGCUUGAAUAAAUUUAAGUGUAUAUUUCUUGCAUGUGCUAUUCAUAUUAUUAUUAUAUGUGCUUUUUGUGUUAUUCAUUUAACAAAAUGAUACUUUCUUUAAAAUACCAGAUAAGAUAUUUGAUUUAACUGAUAUCAUAUUCACUAGUUAAUGACAGCAAAACAUCCUUUAUUACAUCGAUAUUGGUUAUAGAACCGUCUAGACUUUGAUAAAUGUUAGAUCAUUACGCUGCUGUCGACAUUAUUUGCAAGAUUUGCAUAGAUGUGUGUACAAAAAGCACAGCAGAUAUUAUAUGAACGAAACAUUGUAUAUAAUGCGAAUGUUUCUGGUUAUGUUUGAAAGUGGUCAUGGUCCACUAUUUGCAAGAUUUUCAUAGUUUUAUCUACGAAAAGGCAAUAAAAAACAAUUAUAUAUAAAUAUAAUUUUGUAUAUUAUGUGAAAUCACAAAGUUUAAAUUGUCAAAUCUUUAGAGUUGAAGGAUCAUAAAGUUCAUGUCACCAUUGUUUGCAAGAUUCUCAAAGUUUUAUGAACGAAAAUGCACAGCAACAAUAACAUGUGAACGCCAUUUUGAAUAUAAUCUGAAUGUUUCUCGAUAGAAAUUAACAAUACGUAAGAUUAAAGUAGUGACUGAAUGAAGUUGAACUCGUGAAGAUGAAUGAAGUUGAACUCGUGAAGAUGAAAUCGUGGUAUCACAAACUAGAUAAAAUUGUCAAAUCUUGAGAGUCAAAUGAUCAUUUCAUUGAUAUAACCAUUAUUUGCAAGAUGCCCAAGCUUGAUAUACAAAAAGCACAACAACAAUUAUACGAAUGCUGCUUUGUAUAUUAUGUAAAUGAUUCUCGAUAUGAAAUCGUAAAUUUAUGAAGUUGAAAUCGUGAGGUUUUAAUCAUGAAGUCACAAUAUUACCAUCGUGUAGUCUUGACAGUUGAAAUGUCAUUUCGAGUCUCGUGUAGUAAACCGCUUUUGAAAAGAUGUCUUGUGUGUCGAACGUACAGACUGAAACGACGUUAUGUUGUUAGAUAAAUUAAAUUACUAGUAGACAAUAUUUUGAUUCCUUUUCAAAAUCGUAUCGAAUAGAUAAAUAAGGUAUGAUUUCAUAUUUGUUUUUGCUUGGGUUUUUUCAUAAUAUAAAAAAAGGAUUUGAAGUCAGGGAAAAAAGGUAUACCAAAUGGGCACACUAAAGACUGAUGCUAUUCGAUUCUUUUUUUUUUGUUUGUCUCGAUCAUAUAAUUAUCAGUCAAAGGCACACAAAAGUGUUCCUUUGUCUUUUUUUAUUCAAAAGUAUUGUUAUUUAAUGAUUGCAAUUUAAAUAUAUUUCAUCGUAUGAUAUAUUCACUGGGGCGUUCAUUUUAUCCGAGAAUUUCCGAACACUACUGACUAGUGUUGAUAAAAACUCUCGGCAUUUUACAUAAAUUAAACUCAUUUUCGCUUUCUAAGAUUGCUUUUUUAUAAGACAACACGACAGAUUAGAUAAAUUUUGUAAUCAGACGAACCCGUAUGCAAUUACUUAUCAAACGAUUUAUUCAAAACAAACGAUCCUCGGUUUAUCUUAUCUUAAAUAUAUGUUCAAACUCAACAGUGACCUAUGUUUAAGCCCUGAUUAAUUUAGGCCUGAAUAUCCGAAUAUGCCAUAUUCAAAUUUUAGUAAACAAUAUAAUUAUUGACGUAUACAAGUACAUGCAUUAUUAAGAUCAAAUGACAAAAAGGCCACUCUUUUUCAUUAGGUAUUCAUAGAAUUGAGGUAAGCACAUUCAUAUGGAAACCCUUAUGGCAGUUAUAUAAUAGAUUGAACGCCCCUCAUGUUUGUUGUUAUAUUAAACGUCACUAUUCAACAGUGUUACAUGUUUAAAUACAUGUCCAUGAAUUAUUGUUAACGUUAAAAAAAAGGUUACGCACUGUAUCUAUAAAAUGUGUGCUCUCUUCCAUGUAACUUUAUAGAUUUAUCUAUGUAAUCAGAUAUUUGAAUACAUUACCUUGAAAUAAUGUAUUUAUUUAUAAUUGAAUGAUAUGUUUUUAUAUACGUUUAUUUAUGUAAUCGGAAAUUUGAAAAUGCAACAACGAUACAAUGUAAAUGCUUAUUUGUACAUUUUAUGCACAUUUUCUCGUUUUGUUUACAUUUAACCACACGCCGAAAUGCGGCCGGUUCUAAGAACAUUUCUUAGACGAGAAAUAUUUCCCGCUUUAUAUCAGAUUAGUAAAAAAUACUAAUGUUGCAACUAAUUAACUGGAAAAGGAUCAAUUAAUUUGUACUGUUCAAUGAAAUUGAGUUUGGAAAUUAAGUACAUGUUUUAUGUUUUUCAAGCUUCAUUACAAAAAUUAUGUGUACAUUUUUAUAUAAUCGGAUAUUUGAAUAUGUGACCGUGAUACAAUGUUAUUGUUAUAUAUUAGAGGUUUUAACGUGUUUUUGAAGGUAUGCAGUUUUAUAUAUUUAUAAUAUAGAUUGUGUUGCGUUUUGUUUCAAGUGACCUUAGGCCGAAACGCUUGCAUGUAUUUACGAAUUCAACAAUGACGGACAAACGAAAACACAUGGGGCGGGUUCGACGAAUAUUUUAUAUCUAAGAGAGCCUUAAAUCCGGUAGUCAAAUUGUAUUGAUAUAUUUACAGGUGGCCGAAAAAAGUAUUGCUUAGCUUGUUACACAUUUUUUAUAAACUAGGGCAUGGUCUUCAAUUACAGUAGUCUCUUUUGUUUUCUUUUGUCCGCCUAUCCUUCUGGGCGUGUCACCAUUCGACUUGCGUAAGGUCGAAAUAUUACCCACACCCCAACAAGAUAGCUGGACAUAAGAUAACAAAGAAAACGGAAUUGCUCUGAUGUGUUUUUAUUCGUCUGAUUAACUCUCUGUGGGCGUUCUGGUGUACAGUCAAUCAUGUAUGUGUGAUUUUCUUGUUUGUUAGAUACCGACGUAAGCACCCUGUGUUGCUUAAAUCAAACAAUAUUACGUGUUGAAUUGAAUCGUUAUAAAUGUCAUAAUAUGUUUCAGUUUUAGUUUUUGUGAAAAUACAUAGCUCAAACAAUUGACCUGACGCCGAUACGAUGUUCAAAUUUUGUUUUGGGGACCCGAACGAAAUGAAAUUAUUUAUAUCGUUUAAGCAACGUAUAAUUUGCACCAAGAAAGUUAUGCUGUGUCUGAAUGUCAUAUUUACUGACCAAUGCUGCCAUAAUGUCAAUUGCUCUAUCAAAAAGUAAUAUGUAAACGUCUUGCCAGCAUAAGGAACUACCGAUCUGAAUACUACGUAAGCUUUAACCGUUAAUAAGUGUCAGAACAAUUGCAAUAACAAAUGUAGGAAAACCGAAAAUAUAUUACUUUUUUGUUGUUGUUUUUUGGAUAACCGACGAUUGACUUAAUCAGAGUAUAGCGUCAUGUCAAUUAAAUAAUUAUAUAUAUUAGUCUUAGAGUUGAAAAAAUGUUAGAAAUCAUAAAGCUUUAAUGAGAGAUGUAUGAUAGUGUAUUAUGCAUAUCUGACUAAAAACUAUUGUCGGACUCUGACUACAAAAAGAAAAACACAAUAUCUUGAUGUAUGUAUGUAUGUGUUAAUACAAUAUUAAGGCUCUGUUAAGUUUGACCAAUUAAUAGGUUUGAAUUCGCAAUAAUAGUUUUGUUUCGUAAGAUUAUUUCUAACCUACAUGAGAUAAACAAAUGGUUGAAGGCAUUUCGUUUCAUGAUGGCGGAUUUCUAGCAGUUUUAUCUUUUCGUUUUGUUAUAGACACCAAACCGAAAAGACCACAUUUUAAUGGAACAUCAACGACAAAUCACUUAACACAAAGACUCUAAAAUGCUCGGGUUUAAACAAUUUUAAAAUGACGUGUUUGCAUUUUGUUCUUCACAAUGCUGUUGCUCACAACACUACAAUCGAAUUAAAAACAACAAAAACAUAACUACAAAAAAACACGUCCUAUUCAAAUUAAAGUCAAAUGCUGACAUUGCGUUCUGGUGAUGACGUCAAAGCGAACAGACGAUACUGGCGAAAUCAACCACUUUACAUUAUGAAACAUUUUAAACAAAUUGUUUACACCUUUCCAAACGUGUUAAAAAGUUUCGUUUUCAAUAGUCAAGAAAAGAUUAAUAAAGAAUGAAUCAAUGUAACAGGUCAAAGGUUUGCUUUUUGAAAACUGUUAGUUACUUUUUGCUUAAGCAAGCAGUGUUAGAAGUAAAUGUUUGCUACAGAUACAGAAUUAUUUUGCGAGUUGCUGUUUUGGUUAUGUAUUUUUUGUCUCUAAUUAUUUUGUUUUCUUCUGCUUUAAGUGUGAAAUAAAAAGAGUGUAUUCAA